AACUGUUACUCUUCUGAACCCAUCAAAAUCUCAUUUUGGAUAGCUUGGUGUGAAUGAUCGAUCCAAGUAACCGUUCGUCUGCUGAUGGGAUAGAAGUAGUACACUAGAAUUGUGUUCAUGAAAACGAUAUACUUUUGGAGAUGAUACUGGUGUUUUGAAUGGUGUAGAUGUAGACCCCAGUGUUGCUGAAAUUACAGAAAUGGCAUCUCCAAAUGGAAAUGUUGAAAAUUUUGAUGAGUUGGAUGGCGCUGCAACUGAUAACUCAUCUGUGGUGGAAAUCAGGGAAGUAGCAAAUGGCAGCAGCAAUGGCAACAAUGUGGACAAUUCUAAUGAUGAGGAUGUUACUACAGUAGAGGAUCAAUCAAGGCAAUUAAGAGCUCAAAAGGGUCCUGUGAAGGAAAAGUGCGCAAAGCCCACAGGUUCGAAAGGUGUUCAUGCAAACUCGGUGAAAAGAUGCAAAGAUGGAAAAGAUGAACAUGCAUCAUCUGCUGUUUCAAAUGGUACUUCAGCUUCAGAACCCCACCCUAGGCAGCCUGCCAAACUCAGUUCGUAUAAUGACAAGGAAACUCGGUUGUCCAAGCACCCUGGAAAAUCUGAUCCAGUGUCUUCUGAAGUACCACUGGACAAAGCUAAACCAAGAUCAUUGAAGAAAGGGCCCGCUGAAAAUGUUCAAGGAGGAACAGAAUGUUCUUCUCCUACUGCAGAAGAUGCUAAACAUCGCAGGGUUGGGGCACUUCCCAAUUAUGGAUUCAGCUUCAAAUGUGAUGAGCGAGCUGAGAGAAGAAAACAGUUUUACUCAAAGCUCGAGGAAAAGAUUCACGCAAAGGAAGUGGAGGAGAGUAACCUACAAGCAAAAACCAAGGAGACCCAAGAAGCUGAGAUUAAGAUGCUUAGGAAGAGUCUUGCAUUUAAAGCAACUCCAAUGCCUAGUUUUUACCAGGAGCCUACUCCUCCAAGGGUGGAGUUAAAGAAG